AACCAUAUGUACACAAAUAUGGCGGAGAAGAUGUGUGAAACUUGUCGUGCUGUCGCUACAUGUCUGUUUUGACGUUUUCUUGCUGUUAAACUUGCUCUCGUAAUCUAACUAGCGUGUUAACUAACUUUUAAUCUAAUUAGCAUAGCGUUUUCUUAGCUGUUUAGCAGAUAAAGCAUCUAACGUUAGCUCCAUGAGUGGCUCAGUUCCUCUGCACCAUGAUGGAAGAACCAGAAACGAGAGAAAUAUCACGGUUUGAUCCGUCUGUGAACAGUCACAGACCCGCAUCAGGAAAGUCUCAGGACAUUUCUCAUGUGUUGGCAAGUACUUUCAAGGACCUUUACACUAAAGACAUUAUUGGGAAAGACACUUUGUCCAAUCUCAUCAAGACUAAGAAUGGACGAAGCAGCUACCGCGACAGAUAUGUUGAAGAGCUUCAACAGGCUCAUUCUGAAUACAGCCGGUGUAUAAAAGAGGCUGACAUGCUGGAGAGUCAUAUAAUUCAGGCGAGAGCUCGAGCUGCAGCCACAGAAAGCCAGGCUUAUGAGAGAAUGAAAGAGAAGAUGGGAGAUAUGAAAGAUCACCAGGGCCUCCUCACAGUUAAAUCGGCCUUUUCCUGGUGUGUAGACAAGGAUCUUCUUGAAAUGAACAACCUCAUUUCCCCGCAGGACUACUUACCGACACAAAAACCAAGAGUGGAAGCACCAGCAGCAAUGAAAUUGGAUCCUGGCAGAUCCACCAUCGCCCACACCAUGCACGUGUCCCGGGAGCCUCAGGAUGAUGGUUAUACUCUAAUUCCCAGCCCAGAAAAGAUCUUACCAGAUUUGAAUGAGUCAGAUCUCAGCCUGACGUUUGAAUCCAGCUCAGACACCCCGCAGAGGAAGAAAACUCAGAGGGAGACGCCCAACCAGGCUAAACCCAGACCAAAAUGGAAGAAUGAGCCGAGUGCAAAGGAUCGGGCAGAGGGAUGGGAAAAACUUCAGAGGCUGAAAGAUCGACACAGUUUCCUACGCAAUCCUCGUUUCCUUCCUCCGAAUGCACAGCAGGGCAUCACAUCCCUGGUCCGGCCCAGGACCAAAGUGGGGAAGACGGAGCAUGUGAGGAAAGGGAUAGAGGAGCAAAGCUCCACUGAUGAUCCUGUCCCAGUGUUCCUAGCAAAACCUUCAGUGGUGGUCUUCACUGAAUACAGUGUGGGGCAUGUUUAUGAGACAACACUGGAGCUGAAAAACUUGACUUCUGCAAGCCGUACGGUUCGAGUCAUCCCUCCUACCACUUCUUACUUCUCUAUUGGGCUGGGAAGAUUCCCUAGUGAGGGCGGUGUUAUUGCCCCAGGGAUGAGUUGUAAGUACACAGUCCGCUUCGCUCCGGACUCUCUGGGGGGUUAUGAGGACUUCAUAGUGGUGGAGACGCAGGCUGAACACCUGCUGGUGGUGCCCAUCGCAGCCAGAAGACCCCCUCCAAUACUCACACUACCAAGAGUUCUGGACUGUGGUUGUUGUCUGAUUGGAGGAGUAAAAUUUGUUGAGUUCUUGUGCCAAAAUGUUGGUCUCAGUGCCGGGACCUUCUGUAUUAUCCCCAAGAACCAGUGGCCAGCCUCCAACCUCAGGUCUGUGGCAAGAACUUACUUUUCUGAGCAGCCACCCUUUGCAGUCAGUCCGUCUCUUUUUGUGCUGCAGCCAGGAGAGACCACUGUAGUUGAGGUGGUUUUCUUUCCCACCAUUGCUGAGAAGAGCUGUCAGGUGUUUACUCUUGUGUGUGACAACUGCCAGGUGAAAGAUAUUUCCAUUGAAGGUGAGGGCCAGGUGAUUGCACUUGAGCUUGUGUCUGUGUCUGGGGAGAAGGAGCCUCCUGUGCUGGGAGAGGUGCAUGACCUCACUGCAGAGCACUUUGUCCGUUUCGGCCCCUGUAACCCUCAGUCUGUGCAAGAGAAAAAGCUUGUCAUUAGAAACAAUGUCCACUUGGAGCUGCCAUUCCACUGGCAGAUCAUGAAGCCAAACCUGCACCCUCUGCUUCCAGGGGAAACCCCGGAGCCCGGCCAUAUCCAGUUCCACCUGACCACAGACGAUGUUUUCCAUGUCAGCCCUCUGACGGGGAUGCUGGCGCCCUGCCAGGAGCAAGAGUUUCUGCUCACCUUCUGUCCUCAAGAGUUGAAGGAUUACCACAGUGUUUGUCACUUAGUCCUGAGGGAUGUCCCCCAGCUGCCACCAGAGCCCAGCGACAAUGGUGUCCUUCAGCCCUUGCGCACUGGCUCCAAGGUGAGCGAUGUAAUCGUCAUGGAGAUAGAGGUCAAGGGGUCGACAGAGCCGUAUCAAGUCCUACUGGAGCCCUACGCUGUUGUGAUCCCUGGAGAGAUUUUUAUUUGCACAACCACACACAGGCAAUUCAAGAUGUGGAACCACAGCAAAACCUGCAUCUUUUUUCAAUGGGAGAGAAUGAGCAGCAGCAGUUACAUCAUAGAAGCAGAGCCCUCUACUGGUAGCAUCGAGGAGAACGAGUGUUUUGAUUUCGAGCUGAUUUUGACGGGAGGGAAACCAGAGAGGGUUGUGACCAGUCUGGUUUGCCACAUAGAGCACCAUCACGAGCCGGUCACAUUGCCUGUUGAAGUCUCUUUUAAGGGUCCCAUAGUGACCCUCAGUGUGCCCAGUUUGGAAUUUGGGCUCUUUAAGCUCGGGGAGCAGACACAGACAACGCUGCUCCUCACUAACAUCACCCAGCUGGAAGCCUCUUGGGCCCUGAAGGAGAGGCAUAAUAAUCAGCAGGACCACCAAGACACACAGAUCUUCGUGGAGCCGUGCAGCGGUGUGCUGCCUCUCUUGGCCUCCUGCAGUGUAGUUGUGCUCUUUAAUCCCAGUUUCUGCCAGCGAUAUGAAUCAGAGCUACAGCUGACAGUGGAGAAUGGAACAGGAUGUCACCUGUCAGUGCGAGCAGAUGUGCAGUCUCCUCAGGUGUGUCUGCUGAACUGUGAGCUGCUCCUCUCUGAACUCUACGUUGGAGUUCCUGCCAAGACAACUGUCACUCUCUUCAACCAGACACAGCUGCCUUCACACUUCAGCUGGAUGGCUCAGCUCCAGGGUAAACAGGCUGAGCUGUGUUCAGCCAGUUUUGACCCCUCAUCUGGUACUCUGGGACCUAAUGACAGCUUGGAGAUCACAGUUAACUUUACCUCUCACACAGAUUUGGAGCUGACUGAGGUGGCUGCUCUCUGUGAGGUCCAGGGGAUGAACUCUCCUCUUGUUGUUGCCAUCGUGGCUUCCAAAACCAAGAAACUCAGUGUGUCCUACUCGCUGCCCAGUGUCUGCUCCUCCACAGGUGAUGAGAGCCCCUCAACACUGUUACUUAAUUUUGGAGAUGACGUCAUUUUGAACAGAGCCGUUACUAAGCAGCUACUGAUAACAAAUCAAACUGCUAUCUCAGCCCUUUUCACCAUAGAGGCGGAGUAUUUCACCUGCCAUGCCUCACAGCCAAACACCCAGUCAGAGGGAAGAUUCACAUACGUCAAGAAGCCGCUUCACUCCCUUCAAGCUAAGAAAGUAGAAGAAAAAGCACACAAGGAGUUUGUGAGCAGCCUGCUGGCUCAUGGAAAAGGUGCAGCUUUCUUUGUCCUGCCAGACACUGGGAUGCUGGGACCUUUUGAGACCCAGACUGUGGAUGUCACCGCCUACACUGACAUGUGGGGGGAAUACAGAGAUCACCUCAUUUGCAAAGUUGGGGACCUCGAGCCCACGCUCAUUCCCAUGCAGAUGACAGUGACAGGCUGCCCACUCUACUUCCAAAUGACCGGCCCACGUCCAGAUGACCAGAACCAGGGGCCAAUCAUACAGUUUGGCACUCACGUAUCUGGAGGUGACACAGUGUCUCGUUCUCUUCGCAUCAACAAUCCCACCAUGUCUGAUAUUCGCAUGGACUGGGAAAUAUAUAACAUAGAUCCAAAUGACCGUCAACUGGUGGAUGUUGUGGUGGCGUAUGGAGACGCCUUUCCAGUUAAAGAUGCUGAUGGUAAUGAGGUUUUGAGUGGAGCAUUGAAGAUUUCUGGUGGAAACAUUCAAACAGCCUGGGAAAGAAAUAAGACCCCGGGCUCUGAGAUGACGAGCACGUCCUCUGGAAGCUUGACUAGCGGUGAAGAGGAGGAAUAUGUAUCUGAGGAUGACUGUGAGGAAGAGGAAACCUGUCUUUAUCCUAAUCCUGCAAAGAAAAAACUCUUCUCUGUUCACAUCAGACCUCAUGUGGGAAACCUCUCGGAUUACCCAUACUGCAUCACACCCCAGCAAAUUGUGAUUCCAGCCAAGGGCAGCAGCACCAUCCAUGUAUCUUUCACUCCUUUGACUCUUUCUGGGUCAGAGUGUGAGUCCAGAUGUGCGGGCCUGGCUCUGGGCUUCAUGAGUCUAGACUCCGAGAUGGCUGCCUGUGUCCCGGGUAAAGUUGGAAGAGCUCAGGGUUUGGAUUUGGAGCCUGUCAGAAUGGAUCUACUAGCUGUCGUUAAGCCUGCAGUGCUGUUAGUGCAGAUGGAGGAGGACGAGGGGGUGCUGGAGUUUCAUGCCUCAGCUGGUGAUUUACUGAGGAAAGAAUCAGAGGAGCUGCUAGUUCGGGAAUUUGACAUCACAAGGGCAGUUCAGCUGAAAAACAACUCAGAAAUGACCCUACACUUCAGACUGCGGACUCAACCUCCAUUUUUAGUGCUCAAGCCACAGCCUCGAGUGCGGACCAGCACCUCCAGCAACCCCCCUACUGGUGACAGUCAGUAUCUGGUGCUGCAACCACAACACAGCAUGCAGGUAAAGGUGGCCUUCCACUGCUCCCUGUCCCUUCUGGACCAUGCAGACCAGGCAGGUGAGGAAGUCUCUCCUGGGGUGACACUCAUCGAUCGAGCAAGAGGGGGAAGACAGCUGAGGUUCCAGCAAAACCUCCUGAUUCACUACAGCAACAACAGCCUGCAGACAGUGCCUCUCUCUGCCCACAUGGAUCUGGCUGCAAUGCGUCUGUCCAGUGACAGCAUCAACUUUGGGUUCUGCUAUGUCACACAGACACAGAUUAUAGAAGUCAACCUCUACAGCCACGGAGCUCACACUUACUGGAGAUCUCUUAUAGAGGCAGAUGAAGGAGACUCCUGUGUGUUCAGAGUGACACCAGACUUUGGGCUUCUCAGGUCAAAGGAGCUCCAGGCCACCAGCUGCAGCCAGUGUCUCCACAUCAGCUUCACUCCCAGUGAGAGCAGAGAGUUCAGGGCCACCGUGGUGAUCCGGUCCCCUCUGGUGAAGACUCCUCUCACUCUGCAGCUGCAGGGAACAGGAUCCUUUGAUGAGGUGUACAUGUCUAACUAGACGUUCUUAUAACAUCACAGACACAAUCUGCUUUCCUUAAAUCAACUUUUAUAUAUAUAUAUAUGUC